AUGGAUCUCAACACCACUAUCAGCCCUCUCGGGUCUCUCGAGGCCCAGUACAUCUACACCCAUGCGGGUCAUUCGUACGCGGAGACCUCGGCGUCGUCAGAGACAACGAGCCCAGUGAUGCCAGCGUUUGACAUCUCCAUAGUCCCAGACUUUCAUCCUCUGUCAUCUGGAAUAUAUCCCAGCCCUGUUUCCUCCCGAGAGACGGCGUCGCCCCAACCCGUUAUCAAGAUGGAAGAGGGUCAUCGAAAUAGGCUGCCAAGUUCAGCAGCAGAUCCUGACCCGAAGGACACAAAGCCCACCCCUAAGAGGAAAAGGGAAAAUCGAUAUAAAAAUGCACCUCCUUCGGUGCUAUCGGUUCGUGUUCCCCAGUCAAGGUGCCCUGGGCCGCGGCCAGCACAUGUCUAA